CCGCAGCUCAGCUUCAGCACAGCUCAGCACCAUGAAGCUUCUCACAGGCCUGGUUUUCUGCUCCUUGGUCCUGGGUGUCAGCAGCCGAAGCUUUUUUUCAUUCCUUGGCGAGGCUUUUGAUGGGGCUCGGGACAUGUGGAGAGCCUACUCUGACAUGAGAGAAGCCAAUUACAUUGGCGCAGACAAAUACUUCCAUGCUCGGGGGAACUAUGAUGCUGCCAAAAGGGGACCUGGGGGUGCCUGGGCCGCAGAAGUGAUCAGCAAUGCCAGAGAGGAUUAUCAGAAAUUCAUGGGCCAUCAUGCGGAGGACACACUGGCUGAUCAGGCUGCCAAUGAAUGGGGCAGGAGUGGCAAAGACCCCAAUCACUUCCGACCUGCUGGCCUGCCUGAGAAAUACUGAGCUUCCUCUUCACUCUGCUCUCAGGAGACCUGGCUGUGAGGCCCUCAGGACAGGGAUACAAAGCUGGGAGAGGGCACACAAUAGGUAUCUAAUAAAUACUUAA